AUGCUAGAGUCGUUUCUGCUGCCGCGCAUAAAUUUAGCGCUAUCAAAUAUAUUUGAGGACCUCGAAGCCCAUCAGGUGGACGCAUCAAUACUGAAUGGCUUCUUGAUUCUGCGGAACUUGAAACUCAAGCGCGAUGCUUUGGCAGCACUUUCGCUGCCUAUCGAUGUGACCUAUGGGCACGUAGGAAAGUUAGAAAUUAAGCUUAAAUUGUGGCGACUGUUAUCGGAGCCCAUUACGGUGUGCGCUGAAGAUAUACUGAUCAUCAUCACCAGCCAGCCCCCCUCUGACUGGAAUGUCGAGAGAGAAGAGCGUGUCCGAGAUCAACAUCGCAAUCUCAUUCUUUUGACAGAUGAAUGUCUGACAUAUGCACGAGAGGAAUCAGGUCUUCCAUGUGUGUUACAGCGGGCGGCUUACGCGAUUAUUCAAAGAAUCAGGCUAUCUCUAACUAGGCUCGAAUUGAGGUUAGAAGACACAGAAACGGACUCAAAACGUCAUUUUGCUCUCGGCAUGCGUGUCUCACGUUUGUUUAGCCUUCGCUGCGCCUCCGCUUGGGAAGAAGGCCCUGCACUUGAGUCGGAAACAACACCAACUCACAGCAGGACUGCUGAUUCCCGAGCCUCCCUAGGGCAUGAUUCUCAAGGUUGGUUUGGCUGGAUAGUGGACUUCCACGGACGCAAAGAAAAGAGUGCAAUUACUUCUACUGAGGGGAUCGCUCAGUCAUUCUACCUGAAAACAAUCCUUGAAGACGCUUCUGUUUACUUGGACCCUCUCAACGACGACCAUCACCGCAGAUCAUGGCUCCCAUACCCAGCAGCAUUUAGAGAGGAGAUCCUCGAUAACUUGAGUCAACUACUUGUAACAGAGAAACCGUGCCUCAGUACAGACGAAUCUAGGCUUCCCAUCCCUCUUGCAUUCCCAGAACAAGGUGCGGGGACGGGUUGUGCAACUCCUGUGCCUCUAGGUACACUUAGGGAAGUCUUUGAAGGCAGAAGAAAGCAAAAGGAGCAAACGUCGGACACGCUAGAUGACCGAUACGCAUCAGCGUUACAGCCGUCACAUCAGCGAAAGUCUGUCACGAGAUGGAGGGGCUGUGGCCGCCUGCGAUUAGGUCAGGCAGAGGCUACUCGUCCUACUGAAGAGCCAGCCGACGUUCGCUGUAGUUCUACUCACCGAGCCACAGCAAGACCAUCCGGUGCAGCUAAUGUACACGUGGCAUAUCCCGAGGAGAGCAGCAAAACCGUCACGGGAUUAUUACGAUUUAGCGACUUGUACUGUCCAACAGAGCUAUGGAAAGUAGCUAGCCUUCAAUCCACCAAUCAUAUGUAUAUUCUGAAACCAGGCGAGGUGCAACUGCGAGCAAGGGAGGCUAGUCCGUCACAAGAGGAACUAAUGAGGUAUAGACUUGCGUGGAGACGCCAUCUUCUGACCAACGCUUUGGUAGCAACAGGCGGGGGUAGAAAGUCAGAGCUACAGAAACAAGAUAUUCAGAAGAAGGAGUUCCUUAAUAAUACUUUGGUGAGUUCUUUUGAUUUUGGACCUGCGAAAACGGCAGAUGAGGACUUCAUUCGACUCUUCGAGGCCAAAUAUUGGCCUACAGUGAUCAUUCCAGCAAGGCAACAGGUCCUUCAGGAUUUGCAGCGACAAAUCCGCCUUGGCCAUUGUAAAGAGGUUUACCUUUCUUACCAGCAGAGGAAUACCUUGGAGAUGUCAAUAGGGCUUUCUGAAGCAGCACCGCUUACUCCACAAUCCAAGCGUGGGGAGGAGGGCAUCGAAGAAGUCCAUGAAUACACGGAUGUAUCUGAUAUUCAAGUAGACCCAGGCAUAUUGCACGAAGUGGAGGAGAUGGCGUACGCACUGGGAGCCAAAAUAACUGUGCCCGCCGAAGCAGAUCCGAAUUUUGUGAAGUGCAUUGAACAAAUGCAAUUUCAGCGGUUCUCGAAGAGCUUUGAAUUCGCCCUUCAGCUUGACCACCUUCAGUUGACCCUUGGACCUGAUUAUGAGGCUCCUGCAUUCAUUUGCAUGGCUGUGGGCAAAAUGCACGCUCAGGUUGCAGCGUACUACGAUCUCCGUACGUCUGCAGUUGCCGCUUUCAAUUCCAUUCAAAUAAGGGACAACCUUAUGCCCAAUCUGCCUCAUUGUUUUUCAGUCUCAAGCCAAGCGUGUGCCAAAGCUCUCAACUCUUCGGAAAAAGUCUCUGACCAUGCCGCUUUUUCAAAAGACCGGGAAAAUAUCCAGUCUUCAGACACCUUCAUAUCUUCCCAUGAUGACGAACACACUAGAGAUACUUUUCUUAGCGGCACACCACCAUUGUGCACGUUUCAUCCAACAGAACAACCUUGCAUCCCAAAGUGGAAUAACACGUGCACAUGGCCAGCAGGAUGCUGCCCAUUCAAGACUCCAACGGAGCUAUUCACGAAGCCUAAGAGCAAAAAGCAAGAAUCCCGAAAUGAUCUAGGAGGAGGGUGGAUACGUUUUGAGAAAGUUUUUGUACCUCUAGAGGGUGUACCAGAUUUGGUCCUUUACAUGCAGACUCAUGGCUCACUUUUCUGCACAGUAACACCAGAUGCAGUAUUAAAACUUGCACAGGUACUUCAGGGCUCAAUACAGCUGGCUGAAAGGAGUACGAUCCUAGAGGCCACGAGCGAACGGGUGCAAGAGGCACUGCGUCAUAAUGAGCUAUUUAUGGCCCGGUCACAUCUGUAUGCAGCCGACCACCAAACAGUUGAUAUAUGUAUUGACAUUCCCAUAUCCCAUCAGCUGCUUCUUCCAUUCAGUAAAAAAGAGCCCGAAUGCCCAGGAAUUCUGCUUCGGUCUGGAGUGAUAUCUGUGGAUACCUACACGCGGCGUCCCGAUAUUCAGAAUUCCAAGUUGCCCCGCGACGCCCCAAUCAAAAGAUACGAUAGAUAUACAGUCACAAUCACGGGUGCCUCUGUUGAGCGCGUGCCAAACUGCCUAGACUUUCUGCGCAGGUUUCAGGGUACUGAGAACUCUGAUGCCUGCUCUUACUGCAAAGGAGAUUCAACGCGACGCCAUACGAUUCGUUCUGCAGCAACCACAAUUCAUGGCGGUCCAUCAGAUCCAUUUGCAUUCUCAAAAGAAUUUCGCUGGUGUACCAAGCCACAGGGUGGCGUUACUGAUGGUGUACGGGCUCGAGAACCCGUGAACAUACAUGUGGGUAGUGAAAGUGAAGAGAACACCAUGGGUGCUAGUCAAGACGCAGUGAUAUCCAAUGAUCCAUCCCACUUUUGUGUUGGAGAUACGUCACAAGCCUUCCUUAUUUGGCCAACCAGCAUAGAAGGCUGUGUUGACCUCUGCCAUGCUUUUAAUUAUCCGGAUCUCCCAGCAUUCUGCGUGACUCUACAGGACCAACAAUACAGUGGUGUCUAUAUUACUCUGAGCGACGAAGAUAUCAUUGCCCUCGCUGGGUACUUUGCAGAGCUCCAGACCUUGGUUCAGGCCCUUUCUACGCUAUGGAACCCUCAUUCAGAGGCAGAAGAUGUCAUUUUUACAAACCCCGUCUCCUCAGAUAGUCCUGUUCAAAUGCCGGCCCAGGGAGUCAAGAGAUCUGUUGAUGUUGCAACAGAGCGGCUAGACAUACACAACAAAGAAAAGAAGGUUCGUUUACAUGGGCAUAAUAAUGACCCGAUUGCAUUUGUCUAA